CGCUCCCGUAUGACAGCGUCUCCACCGUCCUCGCCUUCUCUGCUGCUCCACGCCAUGCCAUAAUGACCGCGCCCCGCGCCGUCACGAGUCGACUUACUCCCGUGCCUUGCAGCUGGAGGCGGCUCACUCACCAAGAAGCAUGAAAACUGUACCCACGCUGUGUGCUUCUGCCACUGUUGUUGGCGUAUCCACGGCCGGACUCGCUAUCGGCCGUCCAGAUCCCCCUCCUCCUCUUCCUCCCCCUCCGCCAACUGCUUUCCCCCCAGCCAGUCGCUCCCGACUCGACCGCGCGCCCAGGUCCCGGCCCCACACCUCCUACGCCGUGCCAGACUCUUGCCCGCUCAAUCCAGACGGCGCAUCCAACUCGCGCCCAAACAAUGAGCGCCCCUCAUCCAUGCUUCGAAGACCAAGACGAAUGACCGUCGAGGGUGCCGGUUCUCAAUUGCACUCUGUUAUGGACAAUGGAAAUGGAAGAAGAUCAGUCGUCGAGGAUCAGGCGGGUUUUGAGGUGCCGGACAACAGCUUGCGAGCACGCCCCUCGUGGGUCAAGCGCCUGUCCAUCGUGUCACUUUCGCAGGCCUCCACUCGCACCAGCAACGCAAGUCCUCUUCCCCCGUCCCCGGGCUUUCCACCGUAUGCAAAUGGCUCCAUGCCUCUCUCCCACGAUGGAUCCACCGUUUCAAUGAUUGGAAAUGCACCCCCGCCGCCUCUACCGUCCAACAAGCUUGUCAAACACUCGAAUCCCGCGCGCAACACCGACGGCUCCGAACAGCAGACUGCUCGCUCGAAACGGUCGACUUUGCGCAGACCUACCACGAGCCAUCAGCGAUCAGCGACCCUUCAGCAGCGGCCCACGUUCCUGAACUCGCUCGCAGAUCGCUUCGAGUAUUACGGAGGGAAUCCUUUCUCCCGCGAGGGUUCUGAUGGCAGCUGGCGGCAGUACUUUACCCCAAAGGUGAAAGGUCAAGGAAGAAGGCGUGGAUUGUCUGGCUCUGGAGACGCAAAGAUACUUACACGGAUCAUUCCGAACGAGAAGCAUCAGCCAACCUUAAUCCUGGCAAACGCAGUGGCUGCCCCAACCCUGGAAAUGGAGGAUUCGGCCAGUCAGCUGGGGGAGGACGACAGCGAUUAUGCAUUUAGUCGGCCUCAAACGCCCGCCUACUUGAACGCUGUGCCACUUGGCCCCACACCCCUCGCUUUCCCCGACAACCCCGCAGAUGCUCCCUCACGCAACGACGGGGCAACGGUGGACGGACGAACACGACACUCUUUCUCUAUUAGUGACAUUUUUGGAACACUCCCAAAUUCGAAGAAAUCACGAGACAGACGGUCUUUCCCUGUUAGCAGACUCAUCCGCAGAGACAGCAAGAAGAUCGCAAACGUUUCCAUCACCCCCAUCGGCCAUGACAAUGGCACGAUGGCAGAGGGUAUUUCAGAACGGCCUCCAUUCCACCGGCGCGACACGAGCGAUCCCAUCAUCUGUCGCGAAAUCUAUACUUCACACAGCAGCCACACUGGCAGCAAUGCUGACAUCAGCUUCGGCGAAUCAAGCCGUCCGCUGUCGUCGCCAAUGCCAGAUUCGCGCACGGUGUCAUUAGACAUUUCGAGUUUUGUCCCUUCCAGAGAACCCUCGCAAUCUGCAUCGCAAUCAGAAUCACUACUCCCGUCCCCGCAAGGACACAUGUCGCCCAGCGCACGACCCCUCAGCCACCGUCCAGCAUCACCGUCUGGUGCUCCCAUUCGCCCGUCUCGCUAUUCCAUGACACCUUCAGAGCAAACCUCCACUCUCGUCGGGUCUGACAGCGAAACACGCGGCCUAGGUUCCGGAGACGAUGAAGAUUUUGAUUUCCAAAGCGACACUCUUUUCGAUUCUCUUCGCACGAGAGGCACAAGGGCUUCAUCUGGUGCACGUGGACCGCGGAUCGAAACGAUAUUUGAUGAGUCGCCUCCCCAGCUCAAACGUAAACUUUCGUCAUUGCGAGACCUUCUUCCGAAAGGUUCAUUUCCUGAACCAGACAAGCUCUCAGUUGCUGAAGAGGAGGAGAGUCUUUCCACUCCAAUUCGAAACAAAAACGAUAGGAGUACCACUGGCUCGCCUACCCCGAGAAACAAGAGCAAUGUUGGAUUUUCUGCAGAAAUCCCCUCUUCCCCGCCCAAACCACUUAGUCUGGGUACUCUGGAGUGGGACAAUGCGGCGGACGAGGACGAUGAAGGCGGUCGGUGGUCGUUUGACAAUGAAAGUGACUGGGACGCCCGAGAAGAGCGAGCAUCAAGUAUGCAGUUUGCCACGCCACUGUCCCUUAAACGCAACAACCCGGUCGUCUUAGGGUCAAGCCCGAUCUCGAUGGUCACUGCGCGGAACCUGGCGACAGACCACCUAGACAAAGAUGCUAGAAGUAGCAUCUUUGAUUGGUCUGAGCCUGCAGCUGACAUGAGCUCAGGCACUCGUACGCCUCCCCGGCCAAAGACAGUUCAUGGCAAAAAGGAUGCUAAUGCGAGAGGGAGUCGGUCAGCUGGCCGUCGUGUCCCCAGCGGAUUGCACGCUCGAAGCCAAAGCGUUCCAGUCGUUCCGGACGUUGAUGGCAAGCGCAACCCCCCAAUCACCAACAAGUUUGGAACAUGGGGCGUAGGCAGCAAAGGCGUCACUGAGGAUUGGAAUGACGACUUCGAUUUUUCCGCAUGUCCAGAGGGCGACGAAAAUGAAGAGUCUGGGCUUGGAAGUUUGACCAUGGUUGUUCCCAACAAUAUUAGGGAGCAACAGAACAAUGUGCUCGCCAAUAUUGAGCUUCUCAGGGAAUGGGGACUUCUAAUUGAAGAGCUUAAGGAACUUCGCUCACGCGCUGGAGUUUUGGACAUUCUCGACGGUCAAUUUACAGGCAUGUGGCAAGAGGUGGAUGCAAUGGUUGACUUGGCGGACCAGGAAGCCGACGAACCACCCAUGAUUCCACGACUUUCUCGUGCUUCAUCACCCAGCUUUGAUGUCGGUGCCUUUGAUGAAGAUCCUGCGGCUGCGCCAUCUCUCAACUGCCAGAAAAGCUUCUCUGUGCUACGGGCGCGGCGAGAGAGUUUUGGCAAUGGCGGGUCGCCUGCCCUUUCUCAGAGUGCUCGCAGCGGAAGGCGAAAAUCGAUUCUGGGUCUAACCGAGGACAUUUUUAGCUGCCCUUCCACGGAUACGCCAACGUCGCAAGAUGUGCCGCCUCUCGCAAACCGUCCCCGGAAAAAUUCAGAAGCCAUUGCUCGCUCCGUCAUUGAGGCGCUGCAGAAUCGCAAGAACGGCCCCAAUCCUCUCUCACCGCAGUCUGCUACCCCAGCAAAGAAACUUCCUUUCGAUACGGCUACUUUAAAGCACAUCGUUCCUUACGUCAGUGGGCUCACGCGAAGGGCGAAAGAGGCGGUACGGGAGACCGAGCACCUCUAUUCAAGCCCCAUCGCGAGCCCUAUAUACCCCGACCCUACCUUGAACAUUUUCAAGGACCAGGUCGACGGAUCACCCUCCUCCCGCAGGAGCCGACUUUCUCGUUUCGAACUUUCCACUGAAAACCUCCAAUCCAAAGAAAACGAAUUGGUCACGCCGAUGAAGUUAAUGACGGUUAUGUGAAAAAUCAGUGGGACGACUCGCCGGUGACAUGGGCCCUUCCUUGCUCAUGUCUCCUCAUCACACCCCAAUCACGUCAUGGCUUCCUGCAAAUGGAGCUCUGAUGAUUGUGGGCAAGAAAGAUUCUUUUUUUGGCUAGUUUAGAUGGCGCGUUCAGGCCACAAUACCCACAUUCCGACGGAACGUUCACUUGUACUUAUUCUCUUGAUUUUCCUCUAGGCGCCUUUCGGAGCAUUUGAGCGGGUUUUUACUAUGGCAUGUCUUUUCCCUUGUCUUCUCGCAGCAUUAACUGGGUCUGUCUCUGGAAGGCCGGUCCGGUGUAACUU